AUGACCACGGCAGGUGUUUUUGUGCUCCUCUCCUUCGCGCUUUGCUGCUUCCCAGAUGCUGCCUUUGGGGUUGAGGUGGACUGCAGUACGUAUCCCAACACUACAAAUGAGGAAGGCAAGGAGGUGUUGGUCUGCACCAAGAUCCUCAGCCCCAUCUGCGGUACUGAUGGGACCACCUACAGCAAUGAGUGCCUGCUCUGUGCCUACAACAUAGAAUAUGGAACGAAUGUCAGCAAAGACCACGAUGGAGAAUGCAAAGUUGUCCCUGUGGACUGCAGUAAAUAUCCCAACACAACAAACGAGGAUGGCAAAGUGGUGUUGCUCUGCAACAAAGCCCUCAGCCCCAUCUGCGGUACCGACAGGGUCACCUACGACAACGAGUGCCUGAUGUGUGCCCACAACCUGGAGCCCGGAACCAGUGUUGGCAAGAAGCACGACGGUGAAUGUCAGAAGGAAGUUGCUACAGUUGACUGCAGUGACUACCCUAAACCUGUCUGCUCACUUGAGUACAUGCCUCUCUGUGGCUCUGAUGGCAAAACAUACAGCAAUAAGUGUAACUUCUGCAAUGCAGUCGUGAACAGCAAUGGGACUCUCACUUUAAGCCAUUUUGAAAAAUGCUGAGUAUCAGUGCUGAGAGAAUUCACCACAGGAUCCCCACUGGCAAAUCCCAGCUAAAGAUCUCACCUCAGUUCAUCUUGCUCUCUGGGGAACUCAGCUCACUCCUGAUUUUCUUUCUCAAUAAACUAAAUCAGCAACA